AUGAAUUGUAUUUUUAGUGCUAUUUUAGCUCUUGGGUUUAUAUUUAACCAUAAUGAAGGCUUAGAAUAUAAUAAACAUCAAUUUACUCAAAACACAGAUUUCUUACUUCAUGAAUCUGGAGUAAACUCAAAUAUUCCCAAAAAGGAUAACAAACUCGUUCAAAUAAAUGUGGAAAACAAUAACGUUCCUAACUCUAAUACAUUUAAGAUGGACUUUCCUCCUUUACCAUCUCCAUCAUCUUCAAAUACUGCCAAACCACCGCAAAACACACGAAUUACUCAGCCUUCUGGGAAACGAGAUUACGUAGCACCAAAUUUCCCAACAAUACAAACAACAAAUACGCAACAAAUAAAUCCUUCUGUAACCCCACAAUCACCAGUAAAACAAAAUAGUGUCGCAACUAGUGCUCCAACCCUUCUGCCUCCCGCUAACCCGCAAAAAGGAAAUGUGAAUCCAACACCAUCACAAAAAAAUCAGUCAACUGGAAAACGGGAUUAUGUAAAUCCAAAUGUCUCAUUUCUUAAACCCUCAACAAAUGUACAACAAGGUAAAGUUAAGGACCUUGUUAAUUUUUACGAUAGUAAAAGUCAACCUAGUACCUCUCAAAAAACACCAAGUUACAGUUCUAUUUUACAAGGUCCAAAUAAAAAUAAUCAAGGUAAUCAAAACAACCAACCGUUAUCUCAGACACAUCAAACACCUAAGCCUUCAAGUUAUAGUGAAAUAAUGACCAAUUCUAAUCGUAACACUGCUACAUCUAGUAGAACAACAUUAAAACCAUCAAGUAUUGGCACCGCCACAUCAUCUAAACACCUAAGUCCAACAACUACACGCCGUCCUCUUAUUCCUCCAAGUUCAGUAGUGAAUAACAAUAGAAACCAAGGCAAUAAUAGAAAUAGCGUUACUGAAACUGAAUUACAAACACUUAGUGAAGAAUUGCUAAGAAAAGAUAUAAAUAAUGCUGCAAAAUAUAUAACCAUUAAUUAUCAAGCGAAAACAACAGCUCAAUCAUUAGAAGAUAAAGCGCCAUUGCCCCUACUUACGGUAUCUCAAGAAGCAUGGAGUAUUCCAACAAUACAAACAUUUGUAGCAUUAUUAGAUAAUUACGAAAGAGAUACCCUGGUUAACGAAUAUGUAACUCCACAAGAGAGAAACGAAGAAAACGCAUUCAUGGAUGCCAUUAUGUCAACAACAGUUAUUCGACACCUAAUGAACUUUUUCAAAGAAAAAGGUUUCGUUACACCUGACCCGAAACAGCAACGAGAUUUUCUAAAACAACUAUGGUUUACCUUAUACUCUAGAGGCAAAGGAAAAAUAAGUAGUUCCGGUUUCGAACACAGUUUUGUCUCGGAACUCAAAAAUGGAGAAGUAUCAGGUUUACAUAACUGGAUUUAUUUUUCCAAAGAGGAACAAGCCAAUCGUCUCAACUAUUUAGGUUAUUUAAAAUACGAAGAACUUAAUGGUAAAGGUGCAGUGAUGAAACUACAUUUUAAUCAGCAAGGCGUGGAUAAACCAGUCGAUUCACUUUUCAUCGGCACUUCACCAGAAUUAGAAAUAGCUUUGUAUACUUUAUGUUAUGUGACUCGAGUUGAUAAUGAUUGCCGGCUUAAGCUAUCUGGCAAAGAUGUCAACAUUAUAACAUAUAACUUCCGCUACCGUAGUAAAAAUCUUAUUGGUAGUGCAUAUCCACAAAUAUAG